AUGGCGGAAAGGACCGCGAUCUCUACGGAAGACACCCUUGUUCGAUAUGAUAAUCCUGUUUUGGUUACAAAAAAGGCGGAGGCAAUUCCCUCACCACGCGGUGAUGCAGCACAGCCAUGCGUUCCAACAGAGGCCAAACGUGAGACAGAGGAAAUACUGAAUGCCAUUUUACCCCCUAAGGAGUGGGAAGAAGAUGGUCAGAUAUGGACACAAAAAGUAACGAUAAAUUGUGGUGAAAGAGGCCUGCUUUUGUUAAGAGUCCGUGACGAAGCAAGGAUCACGAUGGAAGCGUACCAAACAUUGUAUUGCAGCUCUAUUGCAUUUGGUAUGCGGAAGGCAUUGCAGUCUGAACAAGGCAAAUCGGAUCUUAUGGAGCAAGUUGCAAAGCUAGAAGCAGAACGCGCGAGCCUGGAGAAGCUAUGUACGGAGUUGAAGCAGAAGACUGAGCAGUUGGAGCGCCGAGCGGCUGAGCUUCGAGCUGCCGAAGAGAAACGCCAUCAAGAGGAGUUGCUUGCAUUGAAGAAGACGAACGCACAACUAAAGGCUCAGUUAGAGGGUAUCAUUGCUCCGAAGAAG